AUGGAUUUUCCUCCUGGUAUUCAUGCAACCUCUGAAGAGGGUGUUGUGUGUAAACUACAAAAGUCCUUGUAUGGAUGGAAGCAAUCUCCUAGAGCGUGGUUUGAAAGGUUUGCAGCGUCUAUGAAGCAAUUUGGCUAUGACAAGGCAACUCAAACCACACCUUGUUUUUCAAGCAUCAUAAAGGUUGUGAUUGCAAUUAUUCAUAAUCCUAUCCAACAUGACCGUACAAAGCAUGUGGAGGUUGAUCAACACUUUGUUAAAGAAAAAUUGGAUGAUGGGAUUAUUGCAUUUCCUUUUAUGAAUUCUGAGUAUCAACUAGCAGAUGUUCUUACUAAAACUGUGGCGACUACUAUCUUUCUUAACUCGCUUGACAAGUUGGGCAUGCGUGACAUCUUUGCUCCAACUUGA